AUUUGGUACUGUACUUUGUAGAUUAUUCUCAAGGAACUGCUUAGCUAAUGAUCGGUCUCAAAAGAAUUCAAUGGAAGACAAGGACAGGUUAGCGGAAACAGACCGACUCGAAAGGGGCCUGCUACUGGACCGCGCCCCGGAUUCCGAGCAGUUCAACGGCGACGAUGACGAGCUGCCGCCCCUCUACACGGCGUCGUUUUCCGAAGCCGAAGAGAAUUUCGUUAAAUACCAGACGGCGCGGUGGCUUCUCUACUCGCUGCUGCUAAUACUCGCGUGGGGCAUCGGCUUGUUCAUGCUCAUUUAUCUGCCCCUGCGCCGCUACAUUUUGUUUAACGAUAUCCGCUCUCGGAAACUCUACCUCACUGCCGAUUCAAUUGUGUAUAAAGUAAGAAGACCGGUGUCGUUUCCAUGUUUCGGGUUUCUGAAGAAAGAGAAGCAUGUUUUACUGCUCUCAGUGGCUGAUGUUGUGAUAGAACAGGGAUAUCUGCAGUCCCUUUUCGGUGUAUACUCUAUUAGAAUAGAGAAUGUUGGGGUGAGAAGGCCUCCAAGUGAUGAUGUUCAAAUACAAGGAGUUACCGAUCCUCAUGCUUUCAGGGAGGCUGUUCUAUCACAACUGUCCAUCAUGAGAGGCGAGGCGUUCUCCAGAAAAAUUUCUGCUCCCGAUGAUACUCCAGCUCCAUGUAUGGGUCGUUCUCCAAUUGCUUCGGUGUCCCCUUCAAAAUUUAGGCAUGAUUCUUUAUCUUUACCUCGCCUCGGUGAGGUGGCGAUUUUGCAAAAAUUAGAGGAGGUUGGUAGUUCAGUGAAGAGAGUCCAAACCUUGAUUGAAGAGCAGAAGCUUCAAGCAUCGGAAAUUGCAGAAUGAAACUUGAGUUGAACUCCCCUGUAUGCUACCAGUAUAUGCAAAGAGUCUAUCUUUCAGUAGUCGAGUUGCUACUACAGUCUAUAUGUUCAGAAAGCUAACACCUGAGGAUGAUGAACCAGGCAUCGGCUCCCAGGUAUCGGCUGUAGCUUGUUGUGCCAUCAUCAUUCUUAUUUCCUCCGGGCGCGCUGGAUUGUAAACCGCAAAACUAAUAUGCUGUUUUCUUGUAUAUUUAAAUCAUAAAUAGUACUCCAUCUAUUUGUACCAUUCAUACCAUAUAAUUACAUAGACCAUGUUCUAUAACCCGUCCAUGUAUAGCUUGAGCCUUGAGGGCCUAGUUUGAUUCAGGUGUUAUAUAUACAUACGUGAAGCAGCGCCACAGAUUUUCUUGAA